ACAAAAUUCACAAAAAUUAGAUAAAAAAAUAAAUUAAAAUAAGAAAAUGUUAAUUAUAUUAAAUCUUUACUUUCUCUAUGGCUGAAUUAAGCAAUAAUCCUAGAGUAAAGAAGACUAUCAACAAAGGUGUUUUAGAAUGUGGUGUGUGUGAAGACAUAUUUGCAUUUCAUGGUGAAAAAGUUCCUCGCCUUUUGCUGUGUGGCCAUACACUAUGCCACGAGUGUCUAACGAAACUGCCACUACGAAAUAGGACUGUAGUUUGCCCCUUUGAUAGACAGAAAACUGAACUUAGUGAUUCAGGCGUGUGGGGGUUGAAGAAAAAUUUUGCACUAUUAGAGCUACUUGAACGACUUAAAGUUGCCCAUGUGCCUUUAGUCAAUAAUUUUGAAGAGGAUGAGAAUAAAGUUAAAUGUGAUGAAAAUGAAGAGCAUUUAGCUUCAGUUUAUUGCACAGUUUGUGGGACCAGCUUAUGCAGUUCAUGUAGUGAAAUAACUCAUGCCACAAAGACAUUAAACAAACAUAAACGAGUACCAUUAUCUGAGAAACCCUCGGAAAAGGCUGUUUGUCCUGACCAUCAUGAACGGAUCAUUGAGUUUGCUUGUGCAGAAGACAUUUGCCAAAAUAAUCCAUUAAUGUGUGUAUUGUGCAAAGAUUAUGGCAAACAUAAAGGCCACAAACAUCAUUUGGUGAUGACUGAAGCAGAGAAUGUGAGAUCUUCUAUAUUAAAUGCUAUUCAGCAUAUCAAGUUAUUUAGUGAAGAUUUAGCAAAGGCUACACAGAAAAUUGAAACAGUCAUACAAAAAAUUGAAGGCUCAGUGGUGGUUGAGGAUGACGCAGAAGGACAAUCUCAUUCACGACACGUGCUGGGAACUGGAGAUAUGGCACGAGGGAGAGUACGUGAUUACUUCAACGAUUUACGUGAAACUGUCAAUAGACAAGAAGAAGCUGGGUUAGCUGUGGUCGAUAGUUAUCUACGUGAUCAGUUGUCAUGGUUAAGACAGAGGCAAGAAGAUAUGGUGGUGCUUAAUUCACAUACAUCAGCAGUUUGUUCGCAUUGUGAGAAAACACUCAAGUCUGACGAUAGCCAAGUGGUCGCCUCGCGUACCGACAUUCUCAAUGUUCUUCAAACUGUCCAAGAACAACAGCAACAAUUUCUAGAAACUGCAGAACUGUGUUCAUCUGACGGAAGUAUUCCUAUUGCUUUCACGAAAGACAAUCGCGUUCACAUCGGACCCAAGAUGGAAAUGAGAGUUGUUGCCUUGGGGUUAGAUGGAGCCGGAAAAACCUCAAUACUUUUCAAGCUGAAACAAGACGAGUUUGUUUCAACGAUAACAACAAUUGGGUUUAACGUUGAAACAAUUGAACAUAAGAAUCUAAAGUUUACGAUUUGGGAUGUUGGUGGAUUGCACAAACUACGACCUUUAUGGAGACAUUAUUAUCUGAAUACACAAGCUAUAAUAUUUGUCGUGGACAGUAACAACAAAGAGCGUAUGGAGGAGUCUCAUGCUGAGUUAGUAAAAUUAUUGACGGAAAAGAGAUUAAGUGAUGCCUUGUUACUGGUGUAUGCCAAUAAACAGGACCUACCAACAGCGUUAGAUCUUGAUCAAGUCACAGAACGUCUUUGUCUGCAUAAACUAUGCUGUGGUAGAAGCUGGAAUGUGAUUGGUUGUGAUGCACAUAGUGGGCGUGGCCUUCGUGAAGGAUUGGACUGGCUUGCAGCUCAGCUAAUGUCUGAAUUUCCUCCAUAAUCUGAUAUGACAGAACUC